GGGCAAUACAACCCGCGAUCCUUCGCUUUGAAUUGUGGGAAAGAUAUGUCUGCGCCCUGUCUUCAUCCUGACGACCAGCUCUCCUAAAUGUGAUUACGGACUUAUUCAAAUUGUAAACGAUAAGCUCUAAAUUAGGCACAGUGUAGAUUGGUGUUUUGGUUAAAACAUUAAUCUGGAGAUGUCGGAAAAUACGCAGAAUGACAGGGUUUCUGGAAAUGUCCUCUCCAGAGCAGUUAUUGCUGAAAUGCUGGGGAAGAACUUCGACAAACUGCCUGACAUUGAUCAAAAGCUCUUUCUCUACGGACCCAUGUAUCUGGCAGGGAACGGGGGUCUUGCCGGACUGAUAUCUAACAGCUUGUUUCGCAGAGGCCUGAAUGUCACACAGGCGGCCAUCACAUCAAGCCUGCCGCUGGUCGUGAUGCCCUUCCUGACAACAUAUGCCCUUUACAGCGCUGCAGUGUCCGGCCCCCUGCUGUCCGGGGAUCUUAAUUGUCCCACCUGUGCCCUGAUCCGAGGUGCACUUGUUGGUGUGGUCGGUGGUGGCCUGUAUCCUAUCCUCCUGGCUUUACCUGUGAACUUUGCGCUUGCAUCCAUGUACAAAACAGCACCGAUGCCAGUGAAGGGCAACAUGCUUAGGUUCUGGGUGGACCUCUCCAGACCGGUCUUCAGGAAAAUGAGAGCGGUUAUGCUGCUCCAGGCUGUCUUUGGCACCUACCUGGGCUCCAGGCACUUUGAAACGUACACCAAAUUGGCGGGGAUAACAUUUGACCCAAAGAGAGAGGAACUCAAAGACUAACAUGUAGUAAACCGGAAAAUAAAAGAGUUUCCAUUCCUUC